CGGGCAGAGCGGCGCGAACCCCGCCGGCUGCGCGGGGAGCCGCCUCCCGCCCCGCAGCCCCGCCCGGCCGCCUCGGCGGGUUCCCAGGGUGGGGCGCGGAGCCCGCCCGGCCCCGCGUCAGCGGGAGCGCCGCGUCCGGUGUCCGCGCCCGGAAGCGCAGCAGGCCCGGGCUGCCCGGCGGCUCCGCGCUGGGGCCAUGGCCUACAGGCCGAGCGGCGGCAGCGCCCUGCCCGACCCCUCCUUCCUGUGGAGCGCCUUCCAGAGGGUUGAUAAAGAUAGGAGUGGAGUAAUAUCUGAUAAUGAACUUCAAGAGGCACUAUCCAAUGGCACAUGGACUCCAUUUAAUCCAGCAACAGUGAGGUCAAUUCUUGGCAUGUUUGACAGAGAAAACAAAGGUGGUGUGAACUUCAAUGAAUUCACAGGAGUCUGGAAGUACAUCACAGAUUGGCAGAAUGUCUUUCGAACGUAUGACAGAGACAAUUCUGGGAUGAUUGACAAAAAUGAACUAAAACAAGCACUAACAGGUUUUGGUUACCGACUGUCUGAUCUAUUCUAUGAUGUCCUUAUUCGGAAGUUUGACAGACAAGGAAGAGGACAAGUUGCCUUUGAUGACUUUAUUCAGUGCUGUGUUGUUUUACAGAGGCUGACUGAUGUGUUCCGACGGUACGAUACUGAUCAAGAUGGCUGGAUUCAAGUGUCCUAUGAGCAGUAUCUUUCCAUGGUCUUCAGUAUCGUAUAAUACUGAUAACUAGCAACUGCUCACUGGCAUUACACAGACUGGAGUUGCCAAACUAUCUUGUACUGAAUAAGAUUACUGAUGUAUCAUCAUGGAUAUAACUUCACAUUCUUAAGUUUUAUAUAUUGGUCAUCACAUUCAGAAUCUGUACUUGAGUUGAUUUUUAUUUUGUAUGACUACGAUAUGACCAUCUCUGCUUACUGUAGGACAGAAAGCACAGAAUCUAGAUUUAAGUGGUGAAAUGUCAAACUUAACCUUCUUCCACAUAUCCUGCAUGGGGAAAAACAAGUCUUUAGAAAUGCCAAAUUAAAAUCAUGCUUGUUAGUUUGUAAGAAUUGAAAGUCAGAAGUUGCACAACAUGUUUUGCAUGUGCCUUACUUUUGUAAGAGUAUAAUGUAUUAAUUUUUAAUACAGAAUUUAAAAUUAAGUAAAAAUAUUAGAUCAA